CCUGGUCUGGCAAAGUGCCUGGGGCGUGGAGAACCUUCCCCUACCCCAGACCGGUCUCGGGACCUUUCCUUCCAGAGCUUACCUGAACCACCUUAGUGAAUUCCUCGUACACCCGCUUCUUGAGGUGCGCCGCCAUGGCAGUCCGCGCACCCUCUCAGCUUCCGUACCCGAGGAGGGAGGUGGAGCGGAGGAGUCCGGAAAACCUGCCCAGGCCGAAGGAACCAGCCACGGUCCCACAAGGCAGUGGGGUUCCGGAAAAGAGAGGCCGCUUCCGGCUGCUAGACUGCCCUGUCGCUGCGCCGCCGGAUUUGGCCGCCUACGCCACCUGCGCCGGAGAAAGUAUUUGCCAUCUGUAUGUUGCCUGCACUCUCCUCUUGGUCAAGCCAUUACUGGAAAAGUGGUUCACCUUAGUGAACACAAAAGACACGACUAAGCCAAAGUUCGGAAUAAGGAAGGAUAUAUUACUUGCAGCAAGUAAGGAAAACAAAGUGUAAGGUCAGCUGGCCCGAGGCAGGUGAUGCAAACAAAUUCACCGGUUGCAUCGGCCCGGGGACUUUCAGCCUUCCCACUCUUGAGAGGGGCGGAACUAACGGUCCUACAACUGAUGCAGCUGGUGUCCGAUAUUGCCACAGCACCCGAAGAAAACCGCCAAAUGAAGACUAAUCUACACCAAGAACGAUCUGCCCCACCCUUUCCUUUCUACCCCCUAUAAAUCCCACCCAAGCCCUCAACCGGGCGAGACUUCUCUGGCCCUGCCCUUCGGACCAGCGAACCUCGCCCGGGAGCGCUCCCAAAUAAAGCUAAUUUAAAGCUCUUUGUUUCACGGUGCCAUCCUUUACGGCCAGGCCUUACAUUUGGUGCCGAAACCCGGGAGGGGGCACCGAGCUCUGCGGAUUACCGUACGGGCCACCCCUCCCUCCCCAGGAGACGACCGGGGAUCCUCCGCUCACUCACCCGAUCCGGCAGAAUACGGGACGCGAGAGAGAAAGAACCCAAACUGCUGCCCGAAACCACGCAGACCAAAUCCACCGUACUGAUAACUCCAUGCCUGUCGGGGCUACUGCCGUUCUGGGCACUGACCCAAAUUGGACUUAUCAAGACGGCCAAGAUGGCCGACGAAAACGCGAUCUGAUGAUCCAAUGUCGCCUGGCUGGCAUGCAGGUGGCAGCCCAUAAAGUGGUCAAUUUCGAAAAAUUAAAAGAAAUAACCCAAAAUUCCAACCAAAACCCAGCUAUCUUUCUCAAUCGCCUUACAGAGGCCCUUACCCUUUACACCCGGCUGGAUCCUGAUACCCCCGCAGGGGCAACGGUCCUAGCCACUCAUUUUAUCACCCAAUCAGCCCCAGACAUCAGAAAGAAAUUAAAACGAGCAGAAGGGGCUUCCCUGGUGGCGCAGUGGUUGAGAGUCCGCCUGCCGAUGCAGGGGACACGGGUUCAUGCCCUGGUCCGGGAAGAUCCCACAUGCCGCGGAGCGGCUAGGCCCGUGAGCCAUGGCCGCUGAGCCUGCGCGUCCGGAGCCUGUGCUUCGCAACGGGAGAGGCCACAGCAGUGAGAGGCCCGCGUAUCGCAAAAAAAAAAAAAACGAGCAGAAGAUGGUCCUCAGACCCCAAUCCGAGACCUGGUAAAAAUGGCCUUUAAGGUUUAUAAUGCCCGAGAGGAUUUGGCAGAAUCCAGCCAACAGGCUCGGAUGCACCAAAAGGUGGCCCUCAAGACCCAGGCUCUUGUGGCUGCCCUGCGGCCGGCCAUCUCCCACGGACCACACCAUCCACGGAAUCCGCCAAAGGCAACCCCUCCAGGGCCUUGUUUUAAAUGAGGAAAGGAAGGACACUGGGCUCGCCAAUGUCCCAAUCCCCGGCCCCCCUCCAAGCCUUGCCCCAAUUGCGGGCUAACGGGCCACUGGAAGAGUGAUUGCCCUACGACCGGCCCUCCCUCAGCGCCUCCACGCGGGAGACAGACCGACCAGGUGGCAACACCACUCGAAUUGUUGGGAUUGGCUGACGACUGACGACACCCGGACUCGAAGACCCCCAUCACCCUCGCUGAGCCCAGGGUAACGCUACAGGUAGCGGCCAUUCAGCACUACAGAAGGAACGUGGAUUUUUGACCACUAAGGGAUCUCCAGUGGUCAACGCUACUCUUAUUUCAAAACUCUUAGAAGCCCUUCAACUCUCCACGGAGGUGGCAAUAAUCCGUUGUAGAGGUCAUCAGUCUCCCUCUAACCUGAUAGCACAGGGUAACUCAAAGGCCGAUUCUGUGGCCCGAGAACUUACCAAGGGAGACCCUCCAGCUCCACUCCUGUUUUUCACUUCUCCUACCAAACCCACAUAUACCCCCAUGAGGAGACCACCCUAUUAUCAAAAGGGGGAAACAAAGAUAAAAGGGGAUGGACUUUUAUGGACAACAAAGUUGCCCUCCCUUCAGCCCAGGCGGCCAGUCUCCUAUCAGACAUUCACAAGUCUCUACACAUAGGUCCCAAGGCUAUGUUCCGUUUUCUGGAUCCUCUUUUCUACCUGCCUGGACUCAGGGAGGCUAUCUCCAAGGCUCACAUGGCUUGUCAAACCUGCGCCUCUGUCACCCCACAAGGAGGCCUACGACCCCGGAUCCCAACACACCAGAUGCGUGGACAUCAACAGGGCGAGGACUGGCAGGUCGACUUUACCCACAUGCCUCGCUGCAAACGCUUUCGAUAUCUGUUCACUCUCGUCGAUACCUUUUCAGGUUGGAUCGAGGCUUACCCAACGGCCCAAGAGACAGCAGACACAGUCACCUCUAUCCUACUCCGACAUAUCAUUCCCCAGUUUGGUUUGCCAACCUCCAUACAGUCAGACAAUGGACCCACCUUUGUCUCCCAGGUGGUUCAACAGGUAUCCAAGGCCCUCCACAUUACCUGGAAACUCCACAUCCCCUACCGUCCUCAGUCAUCCGGUAAGGUUGAACGCGCCAAUGGGAUUUUAAAGGAUCACCUCACCAAACUCUCUCUUGAGGUACGCGUCUCGUGGCCUGAACUACUUCAUCUAGCCCUUACCCGAAUCCGAGCCUCACCUCGGGGUCCCACCGUCCUCAGUCCAUUUGAAGUACUCUACGGCCGACCUUUCCUCCUACACGACCUACCCACCCAGAGUCCACCCCUAGCCUCUUACCUCCCUUACUUGUCCCUGCUGCGCCACCUCCUCCGGGAACAUGCAGAUCGCAGCCUUCCAACAGUAGCUGUCUCCAAGGCUCUCUCUCUCCCUUUACAACCAGGAGACAGUGUUCUCCUCAAGGAAUUACACCCUCAGUCCCUUAAACCGUGGUGGACGGGCCCCCAUACAGUAAUCCUUACCACUCCCACAGCAGCCAAACUUUUAGGACACCCCUCUUGGUACCAUGUCUCCCGCCUUAAGGCGGCCCCAACCCCGGAGGCCGGGUCAGCCCAGCCACUGGGGCCCACGAGGCUAUGGCUCACUCGCCACCCUGCCUCUCCUCCCGCUGCUUCUGCUGCUUCUCCUACCACCUAGGACUCAUCAGACAUCCCUGUGGCGCUUCUAUAUACACGGGACAUGGCAAGCAAAAGGCCAAGUCCAUGCCCGAGUCCUGGGAACAGGAGACUGCCAGCCAGGUGGAUGCCAGGCCCUGGUGACUAUCCAUAUCCCCUACUCCAAUCUGGAAAACGUUCCCCUGGGCUGGUCUGCCCCCGCUGUCUGUUUCACCUACGACCAGACGAAAGACUACUGUCACUGGUGGACAGACACCUAUGGGGGGUGCCCCUACCACUCAGGUAACAUCCAUGUGGCAAAAUUAGACACCAGGAACUCACUCCAACAAUCCUACUUACUUACCACUGAUGGCAAAGGCCAAUUAUCCCUUAACAUUAAAGACCCCUGGGAUACAAGGUGGAUACAAGGGGUACAAGGAAAAAUUUACCGAUGGGCAACUGAUGGUUAUUCUGUGGGAUCUAUCAAGAUUUUUCGCUCCUACAUUAGCUUGACAAACACAACAAAGACCCUUUUUCCUGGUUGACCCUUAUUCGCCAAGGGAUACAAAUACUUAACAUACAGGGAUAGGCAACAUUUCAGAUUGCCUUCUGUGUGCCUCGCUGAGUCGGCCACCCUUGGCUGCAGUCCCACUUGACCAACCCUUUAACUCCACUUCCCAAGACCUACCCUUUCCUCCCUUAAAAAUUCCCUUAUUCCUCGAGCCAGACAGAACAAGCCUUACACUCUGCUACGGAAACAGCUCAAACCUAUCUGACAAAGAGCUCUCUUGCAACUCAACUCUUCCCAUGAGCACUCCAACAGGGGCACCACCAGGUAUGUUUUUUUGGUGCAAUGGUUCCCUAACCAAAAGAAUUAAUCCUUCUUCCUCCUUCCCAUGUGUCCCCGUGACUCUCAUCCCACAACUCACACUAUACGGCCAAGCCGAGUUUUUCUCACUAACCACGCAGCUUUCCGGCCGGAAGAAAAGAGCCAUCUUUCUCCCUAUGGUCGCAGGUAUCUCUCUUGCCUCCUCCCUGGUUGCCACAGGCCUCGGAGGGGGUGCCUUAACACACAGUGUCUCAACAUCCUGCGACCUAGAACAGAAACUUCAGCUGGCCAUUGAAGCAUCUGCCGCCUCCAUCACCUCCCUUCAGCGCCAGAUCACCUCCAUAGCUCGGGUUGCUCUCCAAAAUCGACAGGCCCUGGAUCUCCUGACAGCCAACAAAGGAGGUACCUGCCUUUUCCUGCAGGAGGAGUGCUGCUAUUACAUCAACGAGACUGGGCUCGUCGAAGACAACAUAAAUACCCUCCACCGCCUAAAAGAGGAGCUCCAACGCAGACAACGACCAUCCACCUCCCCUAUCCCUGACUGGUGGCGAUCUACCCUAUACACCUGGCUAACACCGAUCUUGGGUCCCUUAAUCCUUAUCUGCGCUCUACUUAUGCUUGCUCCUUGUUUUCUCAGGUUCCUCCGCAGGUGCAUACAAGAAGUCUCUCGGGUGACAGCGAACCAGAUGCUCCUCCAUUCUUACACUUUACUUCCUGCAGAACCCCCUGCUGCUCUCCCUUAGGCCCCAGGUCUCUGACCACCUGACUUCCCUUCGACGCCCCUGUUCAGCAGGAAGUAGCUAGAGAACGAAACGUCGCCCUAUCACACCAAAGAUGUCGGGAUGUAAGGUCAGCUGGCCCGAGGCAGGUGAUGCAAACAAAUUCACCGGUUGCAUCAGCCCGGGGACUUACAGCCUUCCCGCUCUUGAGAGGGGCGGAACUAACUGUCCUACAACUGAUGCAGCUGGUGUCCGAUAUUGCCACAGCACCCGAAGAAAACCGCCAAAUGAGGACUAAUCUACACCAAGAACGAUCUGCCCCACCCUUUCCUUUCUACCCCCUAUAAAUCCCACCCAAGCCCUCAACCGGGCGCGACUUCUCUGGCCCUGCCCUUCGGACCAGCGAACCUCGCAGGGGAGCGCUCCCAAAUAAAGCUAAUUUAAAGCU